UGAUAACUGCGUUGACUGACAGGGAUGAGGAGAAGAAACCGGAGCGCGAUGAGGAGAAGAAACCGGAGCCCUCUUUGACACGUCUGUCUUCCGAUAGGCUCUCUUCAUCCACCCCCAACAAUCUCGCUUCUCUUCUUCUAUGGGAGAUUCCGGCGUCUCCCCCACCUCCGCCGCCGGAAAUCCCCUUCCCCCGACCCCCGCCGUUCGUCUCCGCCACCCGCCUCCCUUCUAUCCAUUCCUAACCGGCCUUCGCCCUUUCUAGGGUCUCGAAUUUCUCUACCGUUCUUUUUUUUUUGUGAGGAAAUUUAGUUGGAGCUUAGCGUUCCGUGGUGCAAGCUUUGCCGGGAUCUCGAAAGGAGGUACCUCUUCGGUUCGUAGUGAUACAUAUAUAUUACAGAGGAAAUGAAGAGGCUGAGAUCGUACGUCGAAGACGCGGACGAGGACGUUGGCGAGAAAGGGGUUUUCAAGGACUGGCAGAGACGGGAUCAGGAUCCGGAGCGAUCUUCCUCGCAUCGCCGGUUCUACUCGAAGACUGACAACUUGCGGAAAACCUCGUCGUUGUUUUCGUAUGAUCGAGCUCUGGAUGAUGAUCGGGAGUCGUCCAGGUCUCUUCGGAAGAGGUUCAAUCAUGGCGUGGUUGGAUUUGAUCGGCGGAAGGGGUUUGAUCGGUACCGGGACACCUGCGACCGGCCGAUGCAGGUCUCGUCCUCGCCGCGGGGUUUGUAUGGCAGUGACCGACUGUACCGCUCGGAGAGCUUCUCCGGGCUGAGGAGGGAGUUUCCAAAGGGGUUCAGGUCCGAGAGGGACCGCUCACGGCGGGAGGGGAGCAGUGGCUCGUCGUGGCGUAGAUUGACCAGCUGGAAGGAGAGGGAGGCUGCGGCUGAUGAGGAGAGGAGAUCACCAGCUACGGAUUCGGAUUCUGUGGGGAAAGGAGGAAGCCAUGCCGCUUCACCGGAAGAUCGUGGAGGGAAGACGAAGUCCUCGAGUGGGGAGCAGUCUGGGAAAAAUGAGAUAGCAAAGGCAGAGAAGCUGUGCAGAGAGAGCUGCAGCAGUAGUGAGAUGGAAGAAGGAGAGCUUGAACCAGAUCCUGAACCAGAAGCUGAGCCUGUAGCUGAAUCUUCCCAUGAUACAAAGAUGCCAGUUCAAAUUGAAUCAGAAAAUUGUAAGGAUGGAGAAUCUGAAUGUACUAGCAUACCAGAGAAGAAUGAAAUUGAAGCUAGUGAAAAUAAGAAAGAGUUUGAUGGGGGGGUUGAUGGUGAUGGAAAGGAAGAAGGGAAGGCAACUGAGGUGCCAAUGGAUGAAGUAAAUGUGUCUGAGGCAGUGGAUGAAGUAAAUGUAGCUGACCAAGCUCUAGAUAACCAACAGGACUCGUUUAAGGAAGUUGAGAAGAAGAAAAGAGAGGAGGGAGGAGGAGAAGGAAAAGAUAACAAUGUUGAUGAUCAUAAAGUAGAAGGUAGAUUAUGGGGGGAGGAACAAAGAGUCCUUCAGGAAGAGAGCAUUUCUUUACCUUGCCAGGGCCUAUCAAUGAAAUGCUCUGAUGAAGAGCAGGUGGGUGAAAAGGAAGGGAAAGGAGCAAUUUGUUCUAGUUGCUCUCCCCCAAGAAACAAAACAGAGGAGGAUAAGGGAGAAAGAGAAGGGGUGGCUGCUGAAACCGAGGACAGAAAGAUAAAAGAGACAGUUAGAAGCCUUGAGGUUGCGCAAAAAGGAAGAGAUAUCGAUCUUGAGGCCGAACCUGAGGGUGUUCUUGGUCUGUUUGAUUCGAGUGAGGAAAUUGGUGGGGAGAGUAACCUGGGGGAAGUAACUCUGGAUCUGAUGAAAGACAAGCUGAAGGAGAAUUACAAGGACAAGGGAAAGAGACUAGCAAUUUCUAUCUCUAGCAAAGCAAAUUCUCCAGAAGAUGGUGCCAUGGAGGGUCCCAGCAAAAGGGGCUUUGAGCUGGUCUUCCAUUCUGAUGUUAGUCGACCCGAGAAAGUACAGUGUGGUGGGGUUGUUAUUGGCAAGAAUCAAGAUGAUAAACUCAAAAUGGAGCCUCUUGAUCUUUCUCUUAGUUUGCCAGGUGCUUCGUUAGAUCUUCCUGGCCAUGGAAGAAGCAUCCAGUCUUUGCCAUCCUCUUUGCGAGCAAACUCAGAUGGGUUCACAACUUCGAUCUCAUUCACAAGUUCUCAGCCAUUUGUUCACAAUCCUAGUUGUUCGCUCACACAGAAUUCAAUGGAUAAUUAUGAACACUCAGUUGGUAGCCAUCCUAUAGUUCAAGGAGUGGAUCAGGUUUCUAAUGGUAACAUAUGGCAUGCUCAGGCUUCGAAUGAGACUAAACAGAAGAGAGGAGCUGUCCCACUCUUCCAGAGAAUGCUUCUGAAUGGUAAUGCUUCACAGAAUUCACUAAGUUCUUUGAAUGGGCAGCAUCAAUUGAAGCCGAAUGGCCUCUCACAGCAGUCAAGUCUUCCAAAAGAGUUGUCCCCUACUCAUAGUCAUGGCUCUCGCGAUCCUAGGUCAGAACCCAGUAAGGAGAAGGCUCUCACAAGAGGGAGAAGCAGCAGUAGCCUUUUUAAGAGUGAGCAACAGGAAGGUGAACAGCUUGCCCUUAAUGGUUCUGGUGUCAUUGAGAAUAUUGUCUCCAAAAUUGUGGGAGAACCAUUACAGCUAAUGGGCAGGAUGCUUCAAGGAAUGACAGAGCACUCCGUCAUGUACCUGAAGGAAACUAUUUGUGAGAUGAUUACUAAUGUAGAUAAAAGUGGGCAGAUACAUGCAUUUCAGGAGUCUCUUCAGAGGAGGUCUGACCUGACUAUAGAAACACUGCCCAAAUGCCCUCGUAUCCUGCUGGAGAUCUUGGUAGCUAUAAAAACAGGUCUUCCAGAUUUUAUUCGGAGAGCGAUUAACAUUCCAUCAUCUGAUUUUGUUGAGAUCUUUUUGAAUAUGAAGUGCCGCAAUCUCGCUUGCCGGAGUAUGUUGCCUGUGGAUGAUUGUGACUGCAAGGUUUGUGUACAGAAGAAUGGCUUCUGCAGUGCAUGCAUGUGUCUUGUGUGCUCCAAGUUUGACAAUGCAUCUAAUACUUGUAGCUGGGUGGGCUGUGAUAUCUGCCUCCACUGGUGCCACACAGAAUGUGGGUUGCGUGAUUCUUAUAUUAGAAAUGGCCAAAGUUCUUCAGGAGCACUAGAGAUGACUGAGAUGCAGUUUCACUGUGUUGCUUGUGACCAUCGUUCUGAGAUGUUUGGAUUUGUAAAGGAAGUUUUUAAAACCUGUGCCAGCGACUGGAAAGCAGAAACUCUUGCCAAGGAACUUCAGUAUGUAAGGAGGAUCUUUUCUGUGAGUAGUGAUGUGAGGGGUAGAAAAUUGCAUGAUGUAGCUGAGCAGAUGCUGGUGAGACUGGAAGACAAAGCCAAUUAUUCUGAAGUCAUCAAUUAUGUAAUGACAUUUCUUUCGGAGAGUGAGUAUAAUGUAAGCAGUAGUCCUUCCAUAUUUCUUCCGAAGGAGCCAUCUAGAAAUAAUGCUGAAGGAAGCAGUGGGAUAGCUGGUUCAAGCAAAGAAAAAACAUGGUUGCCAUCCAUUCCCCCAGAGAGAGUCCCCUGCGUGGAAACUGCAGGUCUUCUUUCUGCUGUAGAUUGUGAACGAGUAGAUCAGCAGAGUAGGGAUGCGGCUUUGCAAAUAAACAUUGAGAAGAAGCCAGUUGUUGAUGAACUGGAGAGUGUUAUAAAGUUCAAGCAGGCUGAGGCAAAAAUGUACCAAGAACGUGCUGAUGAUGCAAGAAAAGAAGCUGAGAGCCUAAAACGCAUAGCAAUAGCCAAGAAUGUUAAAAUAGAGGAAGAUUAUGCUAGUCGAAUUGCAAAAUUGAGAUUAGGUGAGGCAGAGGAAAGGCGUAGACAAAAGCUUGAAGAAGUACAAGUUAUUGAAAGGGCACAGCGUGAGUACUUCAAUAUGAAGAUACGGAUGGAAGCUGAUAUAAAAGAUCUAUUGUUGAAAAUGGAAGCUACAAAGUGCAACUUCAAUGCAUGAUGGGGUUUUAAAACAAGUGUUCUCAAUGACUGGGCAUCGAUAUAUAUCAUAAUUUACCGCAUAUGUAGGACAGCCACAUGGAUAGGUACUUCAUAUGAAAAUUUAAAAUUUUACGUUUUUCCCCUCUCCAUGUAUCACCCUCCUUAAGUUGCUAAAUUUGUAUGGUGUAAAAUUAGCUUCUUAGUGUAGAAUUUUCCUUUUCCAUCUUUUAUCUAGCUAACUGGAUUAUGUACAGAGGGACAUGCUGCACCUAUGUGUGUGAUCAUUGGUUUCCUUUAUGACAAAAGAAAAGGAAAUAGGUUCACAUUUGUCUUA